AUGUCAGCGGAACAGCCCCAAGGAUCUUCACCAAGACGUCGUGCACCUAAUAAGCAUGAACAGUCAGCAGAGGGUAGUCCUAAAGGUCAUCUAAAAGUACAUGUUUCUGGGUUUCCUCCUUACACAAGAGUGGAAGACUUGAAAUAUGUAUUUGCUACAUAUGGUCACGUCAAAGUUAAAUUAUUUAAGAAGUAUGCCAUUCUUACUUUGCCCGAUGAAGAUAGCGUUCUCGAUGCAAUUGCACACUCUAAGAAGAUUUCCGUGUAUGGCUCGUUUCUGACAAUAAAGCUUGACAAGGGGGAACCCACCCCGACCAAAAAAUUAGACAGAUUUGUGCGAAGUAAGGAAAAGAGUGUAAUAAUAGAGCCCGGGAAGAUUGGGCUGAAGGGUGACUUCGAGCAUCAGUUGGAGCAGGUGUUAGACGCCGUCAGACUCACGCGAGACGAGGUCGUCAACAUCUCUGCGCUCUACGUGGACCUCGAGAACGCCCUGCGCACUGUUUGGCCAGACUGCUGUGCCGUCCCGUUCGGGUCCAUCACGACGGGGCUGGGCAUCAAGAGCAGCGACGCGGACUGCUUCGUGCGGCUGCCGGCGCGGCUGCGAGGCAACGACGCCGCCCACGUCAUGCGCACCAAGCGGCUGCUCCAGCUCUACCCCGACGUGUUCGCCGAGGUCUUCGCCAUCCCCAACGCGCACACGCCCAUCGUGAAGUUCUUCCACGUGCCCACGGAGACCACCUGCGACGUGUCCUUCAAGACCCCGCUGGGCUCGCAGAACAGCCGCCUGGUGGCCUUCCUGCUGCAUUCGGACGCUCGUCUGCUGCCGCUCGCCGUCGUCAUCAAGUACUGGGCCAAGGUGCACGAGCUGUCGGGCACCGGCAAGGUGACCAACUACGCGCUGACGAUGCUCCUCGUCUUCUUCCUGCAGCUGCUGGGAAUCCUGCCCUCCGUCGAGAGCCUGCAGCGGGGUCGCGAGGAUCUGGUGGACGGCUGGAACACGGCUUUCGCGACCGACCCGCCGGCGCCCUUUCCCGGCUUUGCCUCCAUCGAGGAUCUCCUCGGAGGGUUCUUCAAGUUCUACGCCGCCUUCGACUUCAACAAGUUCGUCGUCUGCCCGUUCCUCGGGCGAGAGAUCGAGAAGGCCGCCUUCGCGAAUCUCGCCUCCCUGCCCGACGCCUUCGACCGGUACAAGCGGAACGUCGAGAGCGGAGCGGCCCAUCCGAUCAAGUUUUCGACCCCCGUUUGCAUACAGGACCCCUUCCAGCUGUGUCACAACGUGGGCAGCUCCAUCGGCGGGAAGCUGUCCGACGAGCUGCCGCAGUAUAUCAAGUUCGCGGCGACGACCUUUCGGGAGUCCAGAGCCGAAUUUCUCGAGACGAUUCUGUUAAAGAAACCGAAGAUCGCGGUGCCCGACAAGAACAAGAUCAGAGCCGUCGUGCACUCCAAGGACUUGGACCGGGUGGUCGGCGACGAGUGGAAAGCUAUUAUCAAAAACGUGAUACGUAUCCUCUUCGAAGACAUCUGCCGCUCGACGCUCGUCGUCCUGGAGACGGAGGAGAGACCCGGGGCGACGAGACAGAUAGAGCGCUACGCCGUCACUCUGACGAAAGCCGUCUGGGACAGGAAGAGAUUGACCAAACUGUACAAACACGCGGGGGGCACUUUCCUAGAGAAGCAGAUGAACAUUUCGCAAGAGAUAAUGGACACCUGCGAGAAAACGCCGCACUUGAAGAUACGCCUGGUCGUCAGCUUCCCUCAACAUUCCCGAGCCACGUCGGUGUACAUCGAGUUCGUCGACGGCGACAAGGCCGAUUUCCAACAGUUCGGAAAGAUGUUCCGGCUCAUGAUCAAGGGUUGGUUCUUCGAGUUGAUGAAACCUUUUUUGCCGCCCGCCCCCGAGAACAAGCGUCCCAGAACGCAAAGAGAAGUUGUGGGAAACAAUAUCGACAGAAGUGACUCGAUCGAAUCUGACGAUUUAUCGGAUAGAUUCCAAGAUAACUGUUCAGUGAGUGAUGCUUCUAAAUGA